AAACUCUUUGCACAUUGACAACCACCGUCGGGUCACGGAAAAAGUUGUCGCCGGAGGAUAGCAAUGCUGAGUCAAGAAAGGUUUAGGGGUUAAUAAAAACUUUGUAUUGGUUUUGGGAUCAGAAUCGAUUGGUUUCUUGUUUCUCUGAGACUGACUACAAAAUCUACAAAUUCAAUACCUGAUCUUUUGUUGGUUCUCUCACGUUGAUUCUCAGAAGUUUUAUCUCCAUUUCAAACCUCUUCGUCGACCUAAUUUCAGAUCUUUCACAUCUCGCCGUUCCAAUUACACCGUAAUGUCCGCCGUCCGAUCUGAGUCUCCUUCGACGUGUCCUGUGCUGACCAAGUUUCAGAGAGACUGCGCCACUCCUAAGCCGUUCUUACGCAAAGUAGCCGACGCCAUUUCCGAUGACAUGCGAGCCGGUCUUGCUGUCCAAGGAGGUGGAGAUCUCGACAUGAUCUUGACUUUUGUCGACGCUUUGCCUUCUGGGAAGGAGGAAGGUUUGUUCUAUGCAUUGGAUUUAGGAGGUACAAAUUUUCGGGUGCGUAGUGUGGAAUUAGGAGGAAAAGAAAAGCGUGUCGUAGCUGCUGAAUCUGAACAGCUAUCGAUUCCUCAUGAGCUUAUGAUUGGUACAAGUGAGCAACUCUUUGGGUUCAUUGCUUCAAAGCUUGCUGAUUUUGUCGCAAAGGAGAAGCCGGGGCAGUUUCCACUGGAACAAGGGAGGAAAAGAGAGAUAGGAUUUACUUUCUCCUUCCCUGUGUAUCAAACCUCCAUUGAUUCAGGGACACUAAUCAAGUGGACUAAAGGGUUUCAUGUGUCUGGAAUGGAAGGAAAAAACGUGGUUGCUUGUUUAAAUGAAGCUAUGGAAGCACAUGGACUCGAUAUGCGAGUUUCUGCUCUUGUAAAUGAUGGAGUGGGAACAUUAGCUGGAGCAAGGUAUUGGGACGAGGAUGUUAUGGUCGGUGUGAUUCUUGGCACCGGGACAAACGCUUGUUAUGUAGAGCAGAAGAGUGCAAUUCCUAAACUCCAAAACAAAUCUUCUUCUGGAACAACGGUCAUAAACACAGAGUGGGGAGGGUUUUCUAAGAUUCUUCCGAGAACCAUUUUUGACCAAGAGAUGGAUAAGGAAAGCCUGAAUCCUGGUGAACAUUUAUAUGAGAAGAUGAUCUCAGGGAUGUAUCUUGGUGAAAUUGUAAGGAGGGUUUUGCUCCAAAUGUGUAAAACUAGUGACUUGUUUGGACAAUUCGUUCCUGUCAAACUAUCCAGUCCUUUUGCACUCAGGACCGAAGAUCUGUGCAAAAUGCAAGAGGACAAUACGGAUGAUCUUAUGAGUGUUGGAUCAUUCCUAUACAACUUUUUAGAGGUCGAGGCCAAUCUGAAGGCGAGGAGGAGAGUGGUGGAAGUGUGUGACACGGUGGUGAAGCGUGGAGGGCGUCUAGCCGGAGCUGGUAUAGUGGCGAUUCUUGAGAAGAUUGAAAACGAAACCAAAAGAAUGGCUUCAGGUCAAAGAACCGUUGUGGCUAUAGACGGUGCACUCUACGAGAAGUACCCACAGUAUCGACGGUAUAUGCAAGAUUCUCUAGUCGAGCUUCUUGGCCAUGAUCUUGCAAGUCACGUUGUGAUCAAACAUACUAAAGACGUGUCUGGUCUCGGUGCUGCUCUUUUGGCCGCCACUAACUCCAUUUACUAGUGCUUGAACAUCUACUUACAUGAGUAAAGACUUUGGUGCGGUUUGUUUGUGUACAUUAUGUUAUAUAUUUAUAUAACAAGAGUUUGUUUUUUUA